GGGAGAUCAGUCCCCUUCCUGUCAGCAGACAUGGCGGAGUACAGCCAGGCGGGCCUGCUGGCGGCUCUGCUCCUCUUCACGGCGCUCACAGUGCGAGACGUGUACCUCGGCAGAUCCGGCUCACAGCGCGGACACCAGCAGGCCGACGGACCCGGACUCUCCCCGGACCCCCUGCCCGACUCUGAGCCCGGGACGGCGGCCAAACCCUCCCUGUACACCGGGCCCGUGCUCCGGUUCCAGUACUGUAUCUCCUGAGGUUACAGUAAAGUGUUCCAGGAGUACUCCAGAGCCAUCAGCCAGCUGUACCCGGACAUCCGCAUAGAGGGCGAAAACUACCCCCCAACCACCUUCAACAGGUAUGUGGGGAACCUCUUCUCCUACCUGAAGCUGCUCUCGAUCCUCCUCAUCGUCAGCGGUCAGAACCCCUUCCUCCUCCUCGGCCUCGACACUCCCCGAGCCUGGACCUGGAGCCAGGACAACAAGAUCUUCUCGUGUCUGAUGGCGUUCUUCCUCUGCAACAUGAUGGAGACACACUUCCUGUCUACAGGAGCCUUCGAGGUCAUGCUGAACGAUGUUCCCCUCUGGUCGAAGCUUCAGUCGGGUCACGUUCCAAACAUUCAGGAAAUCUUCCAGAUCCUCGACAACCACCUGAAGAUGAACCAGGUGGAUCCCAGGAGCUUCACCUCCACGUAGAGCCACACACAGCAGUGCUGCAUUCAGGUGUACCGGCUCAGUGGGACGUUUAGCCGCUGGCGUUUAUGAAGGUCCAGCCUUAAAGCAGACUCUGCGGGGCCCGGCCGGAUGUUACCCGCCACAAAGCGAGCGCUCCCCCUGCGCCGGAUCACGGAGCAGCACUACAGUACCCAUGAUGCACCUGUCAGUUGUUCUCCUCGAUGUGUCUGCAUCUUUUUGAGUUAAUUUAUUUAGUUUGAUUUUGUUCAGCAGGAAAAGAAUCAUGCUGCGGUACCUUGUUAGCUUCAUGCUAAUUUACUGUAUGCUAGUUAGCCUCAUGCUAAUUAGCCGAGGUCUGGGCAGGAAGUUCCGGACAGGAAACUGAAACGCCCUACAAGACGAGUCUGCUAUAAAUGUUGAAUAUCAUGACAUCAUCAUGACAAUAUGAUGAUGUCAUGAUGAUGUCACAACUGAGUUUGUAAAAUGUUGGAAACAAAAAUAAAGAUGGAGGUGAAGAAAC